GUCUCUGAUGUGUCAGAGGGAGUCAGGGCGAGUCUCGACUGCAGACAUCGUCGAUGUGCGCAGGAUGCUCAUCAGCAUGACAAGAAACCAUCGCUUUUCUCUUGAAGGUUCUGCAGUGACAAAAGUGUGACCGCUCAGAUCCACACUCACACACCUCAUAAGAAGUCUUACGCACGAGUUUUGACUCUGUGCCUGCUCGACAUUGUUCUGCUCUUCAGGCCUUUUUUACUCAAAAACAAAAUCCUCAGCCCUGACCUGAAACCACCAUGUCUGGGAAGGAGCGCAGCCCCCGCCAUCGGCCAUGGUCGGUCUAUCGGGCCAAUACGUUUGAUCUCUCUGCUGAGAUGAUGGGGUUGGCUCUCUCAGGCAGCAGUCAGGACCCAGAUGAGCCGGUGCUGGAGUUCAGCGUGGCCUGCAGUGAGCUGGUGACUCCUGCACUGGACCGUAAGCCGACCAGCUUUGUGGCCGUCAGCUGCACCACUCCACCCCAGGCCUUCUGGACCAAACACGCUCAGACUGAAAUCAUAGAGGGCACCAGUAACCCCAUCUUCCUGAGCAGUAUAGCUUUCUUUCAGGACUCUCUGAUCACUCAGCAGACGCAGGUCAAGCUUUCAGUCUACGAUGUAAAGGACCGCUCACAGGGCACGAUGUACAUGCUCGGCUCUGCCAUGUUCUCCGUGAAGGAGCUGCUGCAGGACAAGCACCACAGACUGCACCUGACUCUCAGGUCAGCGGAGAACGAGCGCGUGGGCAACAUCACUGUCAUUGCCUGGCAGAUAGAGGAGAAACGUGAACAGAGAGCUCCUGUCGCAAGAUUACAGAGGGGGGAUACUGUUAAUGGAAGGAUGGUUCUGCCUGUGGAUGAAAGCCUAACUGAAUCCAUGGGCAUCAAAUCCAAGUCGUCCUCUUUGUGUAAAGAUCCGCUGCUGAAGGCUGUGUUUGGCGGCGUCAUGUCACGGACGUACCGUUUCCCCACUACGGAUGGUAACCACCUGCGGAUCCUGGAGCAGAUGGCAGAGAGCGUCCUCUCCCUGCAUAUUCCUCGACAGUAUGUCAAACUGCUGCUGGAGGAGGAUGCUGUCAGGGUGUGCGAGCUGGAAGAACUGGGUGAGCUGUCUCCAUGCUGGGAGAACCUCAGGAGGCAGAUCAUUACUCAGUACCAGACCAUCAUCCUCACCUACCAGGAGACCAUAAGUGACCUGCAUGAAUAUAAGGGUCCGUCAUUUAAGUCUAGCACCUUGAAAGCUGAGAGGAAGUUGGAGUUCAUCCCCACUAACCUACAUAUCCAGAGGAUGAGAGUACAGGGAGAGUCUGGUUACGACCGGACGUAUGACGUAGUAACUAUUGGUGCACCUGCAGCACAUCAUCAAGGCUUUAAAGGCUGCGGUCUCCGAAAGCUGCUGCACAAGCUCGAAGAAGCCAGGAAACAAACCCAUGGAGAGGAGGGCUCUAAAGCAAUGGCAUACCAGCCUCAGGAUGUUGUAAAAGCAAAGGAGCUGAUCGGUCAGAUUAACACUCUUAAGACACAAGUGUGUUACUACACUGAACGUCUGUCCCGAGCUGCCAAGGAGCGCUCAGCCAAUGCUUUGGAGAGAACUCUGGCCAUCCUAACAGAGAAGACUCGUCAGCUCGUGACUGUGUGCGACUCCAAGCUGCUGUCCACAGCCAUCGUGGCUCUGGCAGCAGCCCGCCCAGAGUUCUCUCAGCAAAGCACCCCAUCGCCAUCCUCCUCCUCCCUCUCGCCCUCCUCUCGCUCUCCGUCCCGCUCCCCCUCUCGUCACCCCACCUCGCCCUCUCGUGCUACCACCUCACCCUCUCGCCACACAGCUCCUCUGGAGGUCAGUGAAGGGACUAAAACCAAGCGCGCUUCCAUGCAGGCAGAUUUGCAUGAAGAGGAGUGGGAGAAGAUUUGGCUAAACGUGGAUAAAAGCUUGGAGUGUGUGAUCCAGAGAGUGGACAGGCUGCUGCAGCGGGACAAACUCCAGAGCGACAGCAGCUCUGAGGACGUCUUCCUGCUCGCCAGUGACGAGCCGGGUAACACUAAGAAAGAAAGCAGCCCAGAGGUUGAAAAGUCAUCCCCAGGUGAGUGGAGCGACGCCCUGUAUCCUCUCCUCACCACGCUGACAGAUUGCGUGUCUCUGAUGAGCGACAAAGCCAAGAAAGCCAUGGUGUUUCUGCUGAUGCAGGACAGCGCCCCCACCAUCGCCAUGAGCCUCACCCUGCAGUACCGCCGCGACGUCGUCUUCUGCCAGACGCUCACCGCUCUGAUCUGCGGCUUCAUUUUAAAGCUGAGGAACUGCCUCUGUGACUCAGGCUUCCUCAGGCAGCUGCACACCAUCGGCCUGCUGGUGCAGUAUGAGGGCCUGCUCAGCACUUAUGGCGAGGAGCUGGCCAUGUUGGAGGACAUGAGCGUCGGAGUGAUGGACCUGAGAAAUGUCACCUUUAAAGUUACCCAGGCAACUUCUGGUUUCAGCCCCGACAUGCUGCCGGUGAUUACGGGGAACAGGAGCGGCUUUAACGUCAGGGUCCCGAUGCCCGGGGCGAUGUUUGACAUGCUGCCACGAGAGAUCCAGAACGGGAUGCUGCUGCGAGUUCAGCCCGUCCUGCUCAACGUUGGCAUUAACGAACAGCAGACUCUGGCUGAGAAGUUCGGAGACACAUCGCUGCAAGAUGUCAUCAACAUGGAAAGCAUGACUCGCCUCAGCUCGUACUACGACCAGUUUAAAGAGGUCCUUCCAGAAGACUGUCUCCCUCGCUCUCGUAGUACCACCAGCGUGCCCGAGCUGCUCAAACUGCUGAGCCAGAACGUGAACACCAAGAAGAACAAGAACGUGGAGAUCCUGUGGCAAGCAGCUGAGGUGUGUCGCCGCUUGAACGGAGUGCGUUUUACCAGCUGUAAGAGCGCUAAGGACCGCACAGCCAUGUCUGUGACCCUGGAACAGUGUCAGAUCCUGCAGCAGGAGCACGCCCUGGCCCCACAGGUCUUCUAUCAGGCCUUGGACUGUAUGCGCAGCGAGGGCUGCAGGAGAGAGAACACCAUGAAGAAUGUGGGAUGUCGUAAAUAUGCCUUUAACGCCCUCCAGCUUAAGGCCUUUCCCAAACAAUACCGCCCUCCAGAGGGGACAUAUGGGAAGGUCGAAACCUAAGCGGACUCUGCUAUUUGGCAGAAACCAAAAGACUGUAAGGGGAUGAAGAAGAUGGCGCCACACAAACAAAAGCACCAACACAAACUGGAACAGCAGCCCUUUGUUCUGUGCUUAGUCAUUGUUAAGAUAAUAAAUGUCCAAGUGCCAGUGCUCACUGUAGAUCAUUUUCUAGCAGACUCCCCUCACCUCUCAGUAGUAUUAGAUUCAAACACUUUUCACACAUACUUCACAGCCACAGUCAGCGUUCUGUGUUACUUUGUAGCCAGUGUGCAGGCAGUGUUUGCUGCUGUACCAGUUGUAGCAUCGGGAAGCGUACAGCCUCUCUGGAUUUAUUUUAAGGAGACGUGCAAAAGCCUUUAGCGUUUUAGAAGAAAAAGAUGUGGCACACAGGUGUAUUUGUACUCAGCAGAGCAGCCUUUGUUGACGCUAUCACACCAUCAGUUAAGAAGUGAGACUGCUGAUUAUCUACAAAACAUAAAAAGCAUUGAGCCCUUUUCAGACAUUGGAUUCCCACUGGCUUUACCAAGUGUGUCAUUGACACAAAAGUCAUUUUUCUUUUCAUGUUCAUCACAUAAAUCACUACUUUCAGUUGCUCCCUUAUCCCAAAGGUUUCACCACAGCAGGUAGCUCCGGAUGUAUGAUCUGUUUUCUUUCCUGACUCAAUCCCAAAUACGAGUUUGUAUCACCAGCUGGAUGUGAAUCUUAAACAUUUUGCUUGGCAAGCACACAUGUGUAAACCACUACACUAACAGAGCCUCAGACAUACUGUGGGGGUAAUAAUCAUUUGAUCCCUUGCUCAAUGGAGAGAGACAGAAUAUGAACCAAAAAUCCAGAAAAAAAAAUCAUAAAAAAUUAUAAAUUGAUUUGCAUGGCAGAGCUUGUGUACCAGUGUGGAGAUGCUGCUGUGGUGUUUUAGGUUGUCAACUGAAAGGAGAUAUCUUCUUUUCUCUGUCACUGUUGUGAGCCAAAGCCUAAAACAACUGAAGUCUGCUGAUUUCUGGAUUCUGUCUUGGCUAUUUCUUAGGCAGGAAGCUGUAUUCAUGACUGCCUACCAUGUUAAUGUGACUGAAUGCUGUUUACAAUGUUGAAAUUAUUUUGAGUUAGCCUGCUGUCACAGCUUUCUCAGAAAAGUGACCAAAAUGCUGUUUUAGACAGAAGACGUGAGGUUCAGAUGAUGCCAGACUGUAAGGAGUGCAUGUCUGAAAGGGGCUUUAAAUUUAUGUGCAUAUUGAUCUGUGCCUCACCACAAACACAGCAUGUGUGCUUUACAUCAAGCCAAGCCUAAAGCACUGAGGUACAAUAUAAAUCCACUACAAAAAACAAUUUCCAUCUCAUAGAUUUUUGUCCUCUGUCCUACUUAUUUUGGCAAAUGACAGGGAAUAAUAUGGGAACAGAUAUUAAGGUUUGUUCUUUUUGAUCAACAUAUAAAGACAAGUUUAAAAGACAAGACAAGAGAAGCUAGCAAGAUGUCACGGGAUGCUAAUGACCUAUCUCCUGCUGUUAACUUUAAAUCCACUCUAGGCAACAUACAGGUCAAUAAAGUUAAUCAGAGCAAUUGUUGUCACUUGUUAGAGAUGGUUUCUCUGGAGAUAAGCUGCUCAGCAGAAUCUGCAGGAGUUGUUAAAAUCAAAGAGCUUAUUUUGUUUAUUUUCCUUAGGCAGCCGUCUCUUUGUCUUUCUACAAAAACGUGAAUAUUCUGCACCACAUCACUCCAAUACAAGCACAGUUCUUUGACGAGUACGGCAUAUAUCUGACACGACUCUGACAUUUUUAUUGAAAUGAUGUCUUACCUAACUUCUGAUGUUCUUCUGAUGCUACGCUGGAAGCAUUAAAGGAGAACUUGUGGACAAAUGGUGGGCUUCAGAGUGGUCCAUCACUUUAUUCCACAACUCUAACAUGUCUAAGGAAACAUUUCUGCAGGAUCAUAUGCAGCGCUAUGGUGGUUUGAGAGCCCUUCAAACUUAGGUUUUUAUUGAUUAAAGCAAUGUGUGUCUUGGUUUUUCUCAGUUCUCUGAAAAAUUAUGCAGAAGUUCUUGAUUAGAAUCAGAAAUCUUAUUCGUUUUGCCUGCAUGAAAAGAUCUUCAGCUAUAUGUUAUUGCAGCUGUACACCUCUGCAGUGAUGUAUGGGAUAUAUGCAGUUUUGACUAUCAAUGAGAAGUUGAUAAAGGUUUUUAGACUCAAGUGAAAUAAUGCAUAUUGCAUUAUUGUGAUAACGAACACCUCUUUUGUUUUCUGUUUAUUAGCUGUUUGCUUAAAUUGCUAUAAUGUGCAAUACUUGCAGAGAAAGGUUUUAUUUUGACUAUGUUAUUUAUGUUCACAUGGCUGGUGCUGCCAAAUGCUGUUCUAGUUUCAUCCAUUGUUAUCGAGUAAGUUAUGACUUUGAUCUUACCAGUUGUAUGUGCACACAGGAUGAACAGGUUGCCUAGCAGCGACCUGCACAUCACAGAGGUAUGAACUGAAGCUGGAUAAUGAAUAAAGGCUUGUCAAUG